GGAGAGAGCAUCAGUCUCAACCAUGCCAGAGAGCAAACUCUCGAGGCCGAUUCUUGGAGCGAUAACGAUUCUGCACUUGGUGAUGAUACCACAACCACAUCAUUAAGCGAGUCAAUAUACAGCUAUCGCCAGGAACAUGGCCGCACAUAUCAUGACCUGCAACAUCAUAUGUGUAAUUUGACGUACAGAAGACUGCACCUAGCACCUCUGGAGAAACCCAGGCAUGCUCUGGACAUCGGAACCGGAACUGGCAUCUGGGCUAUGGACUUUGCGNUACCACCCAAUUUGAAGUAUAUCAUUGAUGAUGCAGAAGAGCUGUGGGUAUAUGAUCAUCGAUUCGACUAUGUCCAUUGCAGGCUCAUGGCCGGAUGCUUUGCAGAUCCAGAAAAACUCAUACAGCAGGCAUUCGACAACCUUGAGCCUGGUGGCUACCUUGAAUUCCAGGAUUACGGACUACCUUGCAGAAGCGUCGACGACACACUGGACGGCACAUCCCUGGAGAAAUGGGGCAUGUUGAUGUGCGAAGCAGCUCGUAAGCUUGGCCGUCCAAUGGGCACAGAAGUGUCAGAAAGAUAUCGAGAGUGGAUGGAAGCAGCUGGCUUUGUGGAUAUCGAGGAGCAACAUUUCAUGUGGCCUUCAAAUCCAUGGCCAAAAGACCGAUACAUGAAGGAACUAGGCAACUGGAACAUGAUCAACAUUCUGGAAGGCCUUGAAGGAUUUUGUCUGGCACUUAUGACCAGAGGACUUGGCUGGAAGAAAGAAGAGGUCGAUGUGUUUGUCGCCAAAGUGUCAGCCGACGUCAAAAACAGAGGCAUCCACGCCUACUACCCGAUGCCGGUCGUCUGGGGUAGAAAACCCUUGACAGCGAAC